AUACAUUUAGAUAUUCAUUUAAUUUCUUUUAAUAAGCACAAAGAUACAUAAGCUUUUAAUUACAAAGUACAAAACAAAGUAGGGCCAAUCAAAGGUUAAAGUACAACCACACACCCUUUAUUGUAUCAAUAUGCAAACUUCUUUGGCAAUGAAGAGCUUAUUAAGCCAUCAAAGGAAAAUUACACAAAUGAUGGCAAGACGUAUGAUGGAGCCAUGCGAUGUGUUCCUCAACCAUAGAAGCCCGGACACAAAGAGAACGGUAGCAACUCUUCUUUAUGACAACCUUAAAAGGCAUGGUUUCAACCCUUUCUUGGAUGAGAAAAACAUGAAGCCAGGGGACAAAUUAUUUGAGAAAAUCAACGGGGGAGUCAUGGAGAGCAAAAUUGGGGUGGCGGUUUUCUCUCCGCGUUAUUGUGAGUCUUAUUUUUGCCUCCAUGAACUUGCCCUUUUAACGGCGUUGAAGAAGAAGGUGAUUCCUAUAUUUUGUGAUGUUAAGCCUUCUCAACUGCGCGUUGUUAAGAAUGCAAAGUGGUCGGAGGAGGAACUCCGGAGGUUUAGAUGGGCUCUUGACGAGGCUAAGAACACCGUUGGACUAACCUUCAAUUCUUCAAAAGGGAACUUCUCCAAAUUUGUGACUAAUGCUUCUAACAUAAUCAUUGAAAGCAUGACAGAACUUCAGAAUGAAGAGAAGAUGAAGUGCUUGCCAUCGACAAAACUUCAAAAUGAAGAGAAGAUGAAGUACUUGCCAUCUCGUGUAUAGAAAUUCACCUGAAGAAAUCUAACCAUACAUAAUGAUCUGGAUUCAAACCAAUUAAUAUCAUGUUCUACACAAAUAAUUUAAAUUUGUUUAUAUCUUGAUUUAAUCAUUAUUU